AUGUUCAAAAUUCCGAUUCGAACUUUUUCGGCCACUAGGACUACUAGAAGCCUUUUAGAACGAGAACUAUAUCAAGUGAGCCAUUUUGAAUAAAAUAACUAACAAUGGGAAAAUCAUUCUUUGCAGUUUUCAGGAGAACUCUGUAGUCCGGCUCAUUCUGAAUGACAAAAAAGUGAACACUCUGUCUCUGGCUCUGAUCAACGAACUCUACGCAGAACUGAAGGCAAUUGAUAAAAUUGAGAAGGUUAUGAACAAACCAUGGAAGCUUUUGUCAUCUUCUUUUAUUCUAGGUCAGAUCAGUCGUUCUCGCUCACAAUGGAAAGUCGUUCUCUGCAGGCCACGAACUGAAAGAACUGGUACGAGAAUUAUAGAGAGACUAUUCAAACGCAGUGGUAUUAUAGAAAGCUGAGAAUGGAAGCGAGAAACACAGCGAGAUCUUCAAUACGUGCGGAGACAUGAUGAACUUCAUCCGUAACAUGAAAGUACCGGUUAUCGCUGAAGUGAACGGAACAGCCGCCGCUGCUGGCCUCCAACUCGUUUCUUCAUGUGAUAUCGUCGUUGCCGGAAGGUCGUCCAAAUUCCUGGUUCCAGGGUGAGUUACAUCGCAUUUACGGGCAAGUGAGCACGAUUUGUUGCAGGCAGAAAAUCGGAUUGUUCUGCUCCACACCCGGAAUCGCCCUCGUUCGUGCCGUACCAAAAAAAGUAGCCUUGGAUAUGCUUCUGACUGCUCAGCCUAUCGAUUCCGAAGCAGCUCUGCGUUCUGGACUAGUUUCUCGAGUUGUUGAAGACGAUCAGGUGAAGUUUGAAGCUCUGAAGGUUGCGGAGCAAAUCGGACACUUCAGCCGAUCGGUGACGGCUCUUGGAAAAGCAUUCUUCUACACACAAGCUGAAUUGAGCACUUCUGAGGCUUACAGGUAUCUGAAAUUCUCAUGAUAUCCGUUUAUUAAUCCUGUAUCUCCAGAUAUGGCUCCCGUGUAAUGGUUGGAAAUCUGAAGUUGAAGGAUUGUCAGGAAGGAAUUUCUGCUUUCAUUGAGAAACGUCCUGCCGAUUUCGAGCACUCGAACGAAAUUGUCGAGGAAUUGAAAAAGAACUGA